AUGGCUGGAGCAACCACGAUUUCUCCAGCCUCGGAUCCGGUCCAGAUUCAAGCCCCUGCGAAGCUCAAGGGACGCAAAAGGAUACUCCAGAGCUUGCACCGGAUCUCUUCCUCUCCGUCAUUGGCGAAGAUGGGAAGAACACCCUCUUCAGGGUAUAGAGGUGGAGGUCGAGGCUCAAUUUCAUGCGUUUCUCUUUCCUCUUCAGUCUCGUACUGUCAUUCGUACGGCAAUUCUUAUUCCUCUCAGUCCUCUGGUGGAUUCUCUACCGCUCCCACCUCCGUCGUCAGCACACCCGGUCAAGACAGUCCCUUUUUGGACCCAAAAGCCCGCAUUCGAUUCAUAGGUCUUGACGCAGGUCAAAACGGACCUGCUAGUGUUCCCGUCCCGGCCGAAUUACGACCCACAUCUUCUCGAGGUGGCCCAUUGCCUGCUACACCAGAGCUCUCGGAAGUGGUGGAUGAUUAUUUUUCAAGACCACUCUCUCAGACAGCAAAGUCUCACAGGCGGCCGAGGCGAGCGUUUUGGGCCGAUUUGCCCGACGAGAUCAAGAUGCAUGUUCUUGGAUACUUGAAGCCCAAGGAACUUGUCGGCUGCUCGAGCGUCUCCAAAGCGUGGCACAAGAUGUGCUUUGACGGACAGCUCUGGCCAAGCUUGGAUACAACGGAAUUCUAUCGGGACAUUCCUGGCGAGUCCUUGGCAAAGAUUAUCACGGCAGCUGGCCCGUUUGUGCGCGACCUCAACCUCCGCGGCUGCGUUCAGCUGCGUGAAAGGAUUGGUACUGAGGCCAUGUCGGAGGCUUGCCAGAAUAUUAUCAAUCUUUCGAUCGAGGGAUGUCGUCUGGACCGGUCGGAGAUUCACAGCUUCCUUGUCCGCAAUUCAAAGCUCGCCUAUCUCAAUGUCUCGGGAUUGGCCGUGGUAACCAAUUCUACGAUGAAGGUUCUCGCGCAGUCAUGCCCACGUCUGGAGCAUCUAAACGUGUCCUGGUGCAACAAUGUUGAUACCCGCGGCUUGAGAAGGAUCGUGGAAUCUUGUUCGCAAUUGAAGGACCUCCGCGCGGGCGAAGUUCGCGGCUUCGGCGACCAUGAAUUUAUGCUUGAGCUUUUCCAGAAAAAUAAUUUGGAACGGUUGGUAUUAAAUCACUGCGAUAGUAUCACCGAUGAGUCUCUGCAGAUUCUCCUGGAAGGAGUAGACGCGGAGAUUGAUCCGCUCACGUCAAGAGCAAUUGUUCCUCCGCGAAAGCUUAAGCAUCUGGAUCUAACUCGAUGCCGUGGCCUAACGGACGAUGGCAUCAAGGCACUGGCAGGAAAUGUCCCUCACUUGGAAGGUCUCCAAUUGUCUAAAUGCUCAGUGCUAACCGACGCUGCACUGUCAGAACUCUUGGCUUCGCUCCCAAGACUCACCCAUCUUGACCUGGAAGAACUGGAGGAAUUGACCAAUAGCACCUUGCAAAUACUAGCUCGUUCUCCCUGUACGAGUACCCUUGAGCACCUAUGCAUCAGCUACUGCGAGAAUCUCGGAGACGUCGGCAUGCUGCCCGUUAUGAAAAAUUGCACUCGCCUGCGCAAUGUGGAAAUGGACAACACACGUGUCUCCGACCUCGUGCUUGCCGAAGCUGCUGGUAUCAUUCGUCAGCGUAACAAAGCUCUCCAUACAGCCACCCAGAGACGGCCCGUUGUCGGGCUUCGCAUGGUAGUGUAUGACUGCCAAAACGUGACCUGGACCGGCAUUCGCGAGGUGCUCUCUCGCAAUGCUGAGAUUACACGCCCUGGAGCCAACUCCAAAUCGCCAUGCUACCCAACCGAAGUCAUUCAGCUCAAAUGCUUUUACGGUUGGCAAAUGACUGUCGAUGAGCACAUGAAGCGGGUGCUCAGGGGAGAUCUUGCCUCUGCUAGUCGACUGGAGCGCAAAUGGGCAGAAUAUAUGAUUGCCAACGAGGAAGCUGGUGUUGGCGGAGCUGGCAGCCGUCGGAGGAGACGACGUGCGAGAGAAGCAGCUCUUCUUCACGCUGACGAAGAAGAAGGCGGCAUGGGACUUGCCGGAAUUGGCCGCAGAAGGCGUGCCCGAAGUGGCGGUUGUACCAUUAUGUAA